GCCAUUACCGCUACUGACCCGCGUGUGUUGUUGUGUGAGCUGAGUGUGUGAGCUGAGUGUGUGAGCUGUGGCAGUAACAAUGCCUUCAGUUCAGUCUCUGAGAGAGUUUAUCAACGAGCGACUAACUGCUGCUGCUGAACAAAUAUUCUUGGAGUUUGAAAAAACGAUCGUCCAGUACGAGGAAGAGAUCGACCGUCAGCGCAGACUGCUGGAUAUCACCUGGAAACCCCAAAUCAAGCUGCACAGGACAGACGUCCCACAGCAGCAGGUCUGUGAGGAGGAGGAGGAGGUUCUCCCUGAGCAGCAGCUCUGGAACCAGGAGAGGAGCUCCAGUGUGGAGCAGGAGGAACCAGAACCUCCACAGAUUAAAGAGGAACAGGAGGAACUGUGCAGCAGUCAGGAGGGAGAGCAGCUGGGACUGAAGGAGGAGCCUGAAGUUCAUCAUGAUCCUGUGCAGUACGAGGAAGAGAUGGAGCGUCAGCGCAGACUGCUGGAUAUCACCUGGAAACCCCAAAUACAGCUGCACAGGACAGACAUCCCACAGCAGCAGGUCUGUAAGGAGGAGAAUGAGGUUCUCCCUGAGCAGCAGCUCUGGAACCAGGAGAGGAGCUCCAGUGUGGACCAGGAGGAACCAGAAUCUCCACAGAUUAAAGAGGAAGAGGAGGAACUGUGCAGCAGUCAGGAGGGAGAGCAGCUGGGACUGAAGGAGGAGACUGAUACCUUUAUGGUGACUGCUGCUGAGGAAGGAGACCACAGUGAACCAGAAGCAGGCAGGGAGCAGCUCCUUGCUCACAGCUCUGCUGUAGCUGACAGUCAAGAUCUGGGAGGAAACAAGAACGCAGAUUCAAGGUCAAGUAGAGAAAGACACAAAAGUCACAACAAUGCAGAAAAUCCCACUAUGUCAGAGAGUCAGUGUAACUUUGAUAAAAGUAGUACGCCUGUAAAAUGUGAUGUUUGUGGAAAAGCCUUUAAGUUUAAUUAUCUAAUGAAGAGUCAUUAUUCAAUCCACACAGGUGAGAGACCGUUUGCUUGUACAGUGUGUGGAAAAAUGUUCAGAUGCAGUAGCUUUUUGAAGAAGCACCUAAGCACGCACUCCGAUGUGAAGCCAUAUACUUGUAAAACAUGUGGGAAAAGGUUUGGAAAUAAUCGUAAUUUAGUGACGCACACAAGAACUCACACAGGUGUGAAACCAUAUCAAUGCAAAACGUGUGGGAAAUGGUUCAGAAUGCACUCUCAUUUAACAGAUCACAUAAGAAUUCACACAGGUGAGAAACCAUAUCUUUGUGAAACAUGUGGGGAAGCUUUCAGACAUCGUAAUACUUUAUGGGCACAUGUAAACAAGUCACACAAGGGAGAAGCCAUGUUGUUGUAAAAGUCAGAAGUUUACAUCACACACGUUCUUUUUUUACCUGGCUACAUCACCAUGGUAACUUGUGACGGGAGAAGAGAGAUGGACUGGUGCUGCGGCUCAUCGUUUUAGAAAGUCUCCGUUUUCACUGUUUUUCCGUUUUUUCUUGAGUCAGUUAACAUAAAGAAAGUCUGGCAAUAUUGAAGUUCAUUCGUACCCUUAAGAUCUGAAAUCUUCUUCCAAAGUCUGAUGAACUAAGCCACAGGAAGCUGGACUGCUGUACAGCAUUGUGCUCACAGAUCCAAGCAUCAUUCAUCCAUGUAAACUCUGACAUGCAUCACUAUGAACCACAUAAAAAUGUUCACUCUGCUCAUUAUCCAGAUGUGUUUGAGGAGGGAGCAACAAAAAUAAAUGUAAACAGCACAGAGCGUUCUGAGGUCUGUAGUGUUUGUUCAGAGAAAGUUUGAUUUAUUGUUUUGAAGUGAAAAAGUGAGAGAGUAUUCCUACAUAACUGAAUUAUGUAGGAAUUCAGUUCCAGAUACAAUUCCAGUGUAUCUGGAACUGCUUUAGACUGGUUCUCCUCUUAUCUCCAUCACCGAUCCUUUUCUGUGGCAGUUUCCAAUUUUAGGUCAUCCUCUACCUCCCCUGCUUAUGGUGUCCCUCAAGGGUCAGUUUUGGGGCCUUUAUUGUUUUUAAUCUAUCUUCUCCCCCUCCAGCAUAUAAUGGGCUCUUUUGAGGAUAUUUCUUAUCAUUGUUAUGCUGAUGAUAUUCAGUUGUACGUUUCUUUUAUGCCUGAGGAUUUGUCUAAGCUUCAGCGGCUGAAUGAUUGCUUAGAUUCGAUCAAACGUUGGAUGGCUGCAAAUUUCCUCCAACUCAACGAGGGCAAAACCGAAGUCCUCGUAUGCGCCCCUGAUAGAUUUCUACCCCAGAUAGUGAAAGCCCUUGGUUCUCUCUCACUCUAUGUUAAAUCCUCUAUCAGGAAUCUAGGUGUCACCUUUGACUCGAGUCUCACAUUGGAUGGGCAUGUCAAUUCUCUGGUUCGGUCUUGUUUUUAUCAUUUAAGAAAUGUGGCUAGGCUAAGCCCGAUUUUAUCUCGCUCUGAACUGGAGAUUGCUAUACAUGCAUUUAUUUCGUCACGGUUGGAUUAUUGUAAUUCGCUGUUUAUGUGUCUUAGCAAAGGUUCUCUGGAUCGUCUGCAGGUUGUGCAAAACGCUGCAGCGAGGCUUUUGACAAAAUCCUCCAAGUACUCGCAUGUGACACCAUUGUUAUCUCAGUUACACUGGCUUCCUGUUAAAUUUAGAGUUGAUUUUAAGAUCCUGGUCUUGACCUACAGAGCUGUGCACGGACUGGCACCUGCCUACAUCUUUGAUCUGCUACAGCCCUAUGUCCCUAGCAGGUCUUUGAGGUCAUCUGAUCUGGGCUUACUUGCUAUAAAAAAUACUAAGAGGAGGACUAAGGGUGACAGAGCUUUUGCCAAUGUGGCCCUGAGACUGUGGAACUCUCUCCCCCAAGCAUUAAGAACUGUGGACUCAGUAGCUGUUUUUAAAAAACAACUCAAAACUUACCUUUUUAAAACUGCUUUUGGUUAAUUAUUUGCCUGUUUUAUUUUCUCUUUUUAAAUCUUUUUAUGACUUUUAAUCUUAUGUGCAGCACUUUGUGAUUCUGUCUUGAAAGGUGCUAUAUAAAUAAAAUUUUAUUUAUUUAUUUAUUUAUUUAUUUAUUAAAGAGAUGUGUUCAUGUGAGACAGAGUUCAUGAUAAAUUAAUUUGAAGUAAUUAAAUCAUAUUUAUGUCCAUAAAAUAUUCAUAUCUGACUGAACCUUCAUGUGUGAUUG